AAUAAUAAUGAGAACAAAAAUGUCGAAACACACAAGAAAUCAAAAACCCAUGAAAUAUCCCACACAAAUAGACGAAACAAUUAACAUUCUUUGGCUGCUUUGUCUUAAAUCUGAAUCGUCCUUAUUCUUCCUAAUUAAUGACACCAUUUUGCUUCUUCUUCCUCUACCUCUCCUCUCUAUCCCCAAGUCAAGAUCUUUUCAAUUCAUGGACAAAAACUCGUGAAACUUCUUGAAUUUCCAAUAAAAUCCACUUCUGUGGGCUAAAUUCAAGGAUUUGUAAAAAUGGGUAACAGAGUAAUCUGCAUGAAGAAGAAAGAUGUUGUUCUCAGAAGUGGAGGAGAUGGAUCCAGAAGCAAGAGAGUGAAUCGUUCACAGAGGAAGUUGCUUGCUGAUGAAGAGAGUUUGCAUCGACAAGCUUUGUCUAUGGCUAUUCAUCAAGCUCAGGUUUCUCAAAGAUUUGAUGGAUCCAUGUCUAGACGUAUCGGGUCUACUAGCUCUAGAAGAGGAACACUCUCUGACCCAUUUGCUAAUAGCAAGCAGGUACCUGAGUUUUUGGAGAGCUUGACGGUUAAGAAAUUCGUUUUGGUUCAUGGUGAAGGAUUUGGGGCAUGGUGUUGGUACAAAACUAUUGCUUCAUUGGAAGAGUCUGGACUAUCUCCUGUUACAGUUGAUCUGGCUGGUUCUGGAUUUAAUAUGACUGACGCGAAUAGCGUUUCCACCUUAGAAGAAUAUUCAAAACCGUUGAUCGAGCUCCUUCAAAGUCUUCCCGAGGAAGAAAAGGUAAUUCUGGUGGGUCACAGUACUGGAGGUGCAUGUGUUUCGUAUGCGUUAGAGCGGUUUCCAGAGAAAAUCUCAAAAGCUAUAUUCAUAUGUGCAACUAUGGUUACUGAUGGACAAAGACCCUUUGAUGUCUUUGCUGAUGAGCUUGGUUCAGCAGAACGGUUCAUGAAAGAGUCGCAGUUCUUGAUCUAUGGAAACGGCAAAGACAAGCCCGCAACGGGGUUCAUGUUUGAGAAACAACACAUGAAAGGCUUGUACUUCAAUCAGUCACCCAAUAAGGACAUUGCAUUGUCGACGAUCUCGAUGCGGCCUGUACCAUUAGGUCCCAUGAUGGAGAAGCUGUCACUUAGUGCAGAAAGAUAUGGGAAAGGUCGAAGAUUCUAUGUUCAGACGCUCGAUGACUUGGCUCUUUCACCGGACGUUCAAGAGAAACUGGUCAGAGAAAAUAGUCCUGAAGCAGUUUUUAAGAUCAAAGGAAGUGAUCAUUGCCCUUUCUUCUCUAAACCUCAGUCUCUUCACAAGAUCCUUCUUGAGAUAGCUCAGAUUCCUUAAAAAGACACAAAUCUUGAAUUCAGAAUGUAUAAUACUUUCAUUUUUUUUCAUACGCGUUUGUAUAUUCUUAUUUACGAUUAAUAUACGAAACAAGAUUCUUGUUAGAGA